GUUGAGGUUAAGAGUAAUUGUAUACGUCUUAAAAUUUUUUUUAUAAUAAAUAUCUAUUUUUUGUUUCUUAAAUUAAAGAAUUAUAAUUUAUUAAUAAAUACAACAAAAAUAAAUUUGUUGUAAUAAAUAAUAAUUUUAAAUUAAAAAUGCAAAGGUGUUGUGUAAUUGAUUGUCAGAGUAACAAACAAAUUUCAGAAAAUAAUAUAAGUUAUUUUAAAUUCCCAUUUGACGAUGAUAAUUUACUGCAAAAAUGGAUUUCACAAAUUGGAAAUAAAGAUUGGAAGCCCAAGGAAGAGGACAAAAUAUGUGCCGCUCAUUUUUCUGCAACAGAUAUCGAACCAACGACAAAUAAUUAUAAAAAACUAAAAAACGGUGCUGUGCCAACGAUAUUUCCCAGUCCGAAAACAGAGCCAGGAUUUGUUAUAAAAAAUGAACAAGUUUGUAAUAAUGAAAGUAAUUCGCAAGAUGUUAAAUUGAUUUCAUUCCAAGGCCCGACACCUGUUAUUUUAACACCACAAUUAGUCAAGCAGCUGCCGAGAAUGAUGAGUGGACAGAGGUACAGAAAAAUUUUACCUAAAGUCGAACAAAGUACUGAUGUAAAACUGAACUCAUCGCAAGGGUAUCAACAACAAGUACCAGUACCAGCGCAAUCCAUGCAAAAUACUUCUAAUGCAGCUAAUCCAUGUUUAAUUAUAAUUCCUUUUGACAGUAAUACUCCCGCAUUGUCAAAUCUUAGCCCUGCGGUUUCAAAUAACUGCCCUGUGGUGCCGAAAAAUGAACCUGUGGAGCCAAGUAAUAACGUGGGAUCUGAUAAAUCAACUGCAGAACUAACCGACAAGAACUUCGUCUUGAAGGUAGAAGUAAAUAGAUAUUACACGAAGGAACAGUACUUGUCAGAGUUUCCCCAAGUCAAUAAUAAAGUCGAAGACGAAAGUGAGAGGGAAAUUAAGUCGGAAAAAGUUGAUACCAAUGAUGGACAAGUUUUUGUUGAUAAUUUUGCCUUGAACAGACGUGUUAUAUUCAGCUUAGAUCCAGUGACAGGCGAAUUAAAAGUAACCAAGUGUGCAAUUCCUCCAGGAACUGCUGGACAGUCGGAAGAAAUAAGAAACAAUAGUAAAAUAAAGCGUAAACCUUUGAACAGACGUCAAUUGAAUAAUGAACCUAAAAGUAAUCCUCCUAAUAAUAAGAGGAAACGUCAGAUUAAAAAACCUCCUCUAAAUAGAAAUUUUCGACACGACAGUCAGUUUACUCUCUUAGAUUUAAACAAUGGAAUGAAAGAUGUUAAAAAUAAAUCGAUUAAUCAAAAUAUGAAUGGUCAGAAAACAAUAAUAACAGAAGCAAAUUUACAAGAAAGAUAUACAAAGGCGCAAAAAAAUUUUAACGUUUUACGUAGACGAGUUCGAGUUCUCCGUCAGACUCGUAAACGUGAAAUAGAUCAAGUGGAGAAACUGCAAAACCAACUGGACCAUCUUAAGUCAGACAGCCAAGAUAAAAGCCGCGUAUCUAAUAAUCACGAAGAGUCAUAUACAAAAAAAUUAAAAUCUCUGACAGAAAAUGCGAGUAUGCUGAAUAAUGAAGUAUUAAUUAUUAAAUUGCCACCUAAUCAAUGCGCGCAAACUUCUGAUAACAUGUCAGCGCAUAGUCCGACGUCAAGUAUAAACUCCAGCGUGUCUAUCAUUAAAAGUAAUAACGUCCAUAAGAGGACGACGGCGUCCGGGAUACUCAACAGCAGAGAAGCCGCUGAGAAAACUAUUUCCCGCGAGCUUAUGGACAUAAACUAAUAAGUGUAGUUAAGUUUAAUGAUUAUUUUAAAAAAUUUUUAAUACUAUUAAUUAUUAGUUAAUGGCGAUAAAUAAAAGAAAUUAAUUCAAUUAUAAAUAUAAUGUAAUUUUUUUGUAAA